AUGUCUUUAGAUAAAAUAAAACAAUUAGUAGCGAAAGAAAAAGAAGGACUUAGGAAAGAUUAUAAGGAAUUAGAAGAAAAGAGAAAAUUAAUUAAAAAAUAUAAAAAAUUGAAAGAAUUUAGAAAAAAAGUUAAACAAGGAAAAGUUAUAAAAAAGAAACCCCCCAUCGUUUUGACGACCCCUUCCAAAAAGAUAAAAACAUUUGAAGAUUAUUUUGAGGAAUGUAUAAAAAAUAAAAAGAUUCCUAAAGAUACUCCUUCUUAUUUACGAAAAGCUCUUGAGAGAGCUAUAAAUGAAUAUGACCAAGGAAUUGAAAUAGAGAAAUCAGCUUUAGAUGAAUUUGCUAAAAAAUAUAUUAUCAAGGGAGAAUCUGGUAUUACUCCUUUUCAGUUCUUUAGAAAUAAAAAACAUAUUCUUAAAGAUUUUUUUAGAAAUCAUAGAAAUAUCAAAGUAAGGUUUGUUUUAGUUUGUAUGAUGGAAAAAAAGGAAGGUGAUUAUAAAUUAAGUUUUAAAGUUCAGGAUAAAGCAUAUUUUCAUUCUAAUACAUAUAUUAAUUUUAAAACAAGUGAUGUAAAAGAAUUACUUAGUAAAAUUAUUAGAGAAAUUAUUGAAAAGAUAACUUUAUAUCAACAAAAUGGUAGUGGGUGGUAUUUUAAAGAAGUUGUUCAACUAGAAAUUCAUACCACUGAAUUUAACCCAAUGAAAGGUUCUUCUUAUAUUCCUCUUCCAGAUUGGAUUAUGAGAAAAAAAGCAAUUGUUAGUAUUCGAAAUAAAGAUGAGAAAUGUUUUCUUUGGUCAGUACUUCGUUAUCUUCAUCCAAGAGAAAAGAAUGAUUGUCGUUUGAAAGAUUUAGAAAAGUAUGAAUUUUCACUUAACACUAAAGGAAUUACUUUUCCAAUGAAAGUAAAAGAUAUUACCAAAUUUGAAAGUCUUAAUCCAGAUCUUCCCGGAAUAAAUGUUUUUUCUGUAGAUGAUAAAAAAACUAUUUAUCCUUUGAGAGAGGUAAAGAAAGAUUGUAAAAAUACUAUUGAUUUAUUUUUGUAUGAAGAAGAUGGUAAAUUUCAUUAUUCACUAAUUAAAAACUUUUCUCGCCUUAUACGUAGCCAAAUUACUACAAGAACAGAUGAACCAAUCCAAAUUUGUAAGAGAUGUUUUAGUCAUUUUACAAAGGAAGAAUUAUUAGAUAAACAUAUUAAAUAUUGUAGUAACAAUGCAACAGCGAUUGUAAAAAUGCCUGAACCAAACACAAUGCUAUAUUUUAAAAAUUAUUACAAAAAACUUCCUAUUCCUUUUGUAGUUUAUGCAGAUUUUGAAUGCUUUACUAAACCAAUAAAUAGUUGCAGUCCUAAUCCAAAAGACUCUUAUAAUUACAACUAUCAAAAACAUGAACCAUCAGGAUUUUGUUUUUAUGUAAAGGGAAUUGUUGAUAAAAAAGUAUUUGUAGAAAAACUUACGGAAGUAACUAAAGGAAUUUAUAACGAUUUUUAUCAAAAACCAAAACCUCUUAGACUAACACAGGAAGAACAAAAAUUAUUUGAGAAAGCAGUUAACUGUCACAUUUGUAGACGGGAAUUAAAAAAAGAUAAAGUUAGAGAUCAUUGCCACUUUACAGGCCAGUAUCGUGGAGCAGCACAUAACAAAUGUAAUCUUAUGUGUCGUAAACCAAAAGUAUUACCAGUUAUAUUUCAUAAUCUUCAAGGUUAUGAUGCUCAUCUGUUUAUAAAACAAAUUGCUAGAUUAGAAGGAGAUUUAAACUGUAUUCCAUCUACGGAAGAAAAAUAUAUUUCUUUUUCAAAAAGUAUUAAAGUUGGUGAGUAUUAUUGCUUAAAACUUGGGAAAAUGUGUCCAAUAAAUUUUGAAAUACGAUUUUUAGAUUCAUUCAAGUUUCUUCAAACAUCACUUGCCAAUCUUGUUUCAAAUUUAUCAAAAGAAGAUUUUCAUAAUACAAAACAUAUAUUCAAGAAAAAUGUAGAUCUACUAACUCGUAAGGGAGUUUAUCCUUAUGAUUAUGUUUCAUCACUUGAUAAAUUAUCAGAAACACAACUUCCACCAAAAGAGGAAUUUUACUCCCAACUUUAUGAUGAAGAUAUAAGUGAUGAGGAUUACCAACAUGCAAUAAAUGUGUGGAAUACUUUUAAUUGUAAAACAAUAAGAGAUUAUCAUAAUCUUUACCUAAAAUCUGAUGUAUUAUUGUUAGCAGAUGUAUUUGAAAACUUUAGGAAAACUUGUCUUCACCAUUACAAACUUGACCCAGUUCACUAUUACACAUCUCCAGGUCUAGCUUGGGAUGCAUGUCUAAAAGAAACAGGUCAGCAUUUACAGUUAUUACAUGAUUAUGAUAUGUUAAUGAUGUUUGAGCGUGGUAUACGUGGUGGAAUAACACACAUAUCAAAAAGAUAUGCGGAAGCGAAUAACAAAUAUAUGAAAGAUUACAAUCUUGAUAAGGAGUCUACUUAUAUUCAAUAUUUAGAUGCAAACAAUCUUUAUGGAUGGGCGAUGUCUCAAAAUCUUCCAACACAUGGAUUUAAAUGGAUGAAAAAUAUAACAAAAGAAAAGGUAUAUGAAAUUCUAGAGAAAGCAAAUCAUAAUAUGUCAAAUUUUGGGAAAAAAGGUUAUAUAUUUGAAGUUGAUUUAGAGUAUCCUCCUCAUCUAUGGGAAACACAUAAUAACUAUCCUCUUGCACCUGAGAAGAUGAUUGUUAAUGGUGUUGAAAAACUAAUUUGUCAUUUUAAACCCCGAAAAAAUUAUGUUGUACAUUAUCGAAAUCUUAGACAGUAUCUUGAGUUGGGUAUGAGGCUUACUGCUGUUCAUAGAGGAAUAUCAUUUUACCAAUCUUCUUGGAUGGAGCCAUAUAUAAGAAAAAAUACAGAACUUCGAAAAAAAACAGCUAACAGUUUUGAGAAAGACUUUUUCAAACUAAUGAACAAUUCAGUUUUUGGUAAAACAAUUGAAAACAUAAGGAAGAGACAAAAUAUAGAACUUAUUGAUGAUCGUAAAAAAGCUGUCAAUCUAUCAAGUAAACCCAACUUUGAUAGAGUAACAAUAUUUGAUAAAAAUCUUAUAGCGGUACAUAUGAAGCGUACAGAAGUGUAUUUUAACAAACCAGUGUAUGUUGGUCAGGCAAUUCUAGAUUUAUCAAAAACACUAAUGUUCAAUUUUCAUUAUAACUAUAUUAAAGAGAAAUAUGGAAACAAUGCAGAAUUAUUGUUUACNAGAGAUUAUCAUAAUCUUUACCUAAAAUCUGAUGUAUUAUUGUUAGCAGAUGUAUUUGAAAACUUUAGGAAAACUUGUCUUCACCAUUACAAACUUGACCCAGUUCACUAUUACACAUCUCCAGGUCUAGCUUGGGAUGCAUGUCUAAAAGAAACAGGUCAGCAUUUACAGUUAUUACAUGAUUAUGAUAUGUUAAUGAUGUUUGAGCGUGGUAUACGUGGUGGAAUAACACACAUAUCAAAAAGAUAUGCGGAAGCGAAUAACAAAUAUAUGAAAGAUUACAAUCUUGAUAAGGAGUCUACUUAUAUUCAAUAUUUAGAUGCAAACAAUCUUUAUGGAUGGGCGAUGUCUCAAAAUCUUCCAACACAUGGAUUUAAAUGGAUGAAAAAUAUAACAAAAGAAAAGGUAUAUGAAAUUCUAGAGAAAGCAAAUCAUAAUAUGUCAAAUUUUGGGAAAAAAGGUUAUAUAUUUGAAGUUGAUUUAGAGUAUCCUCCUCAUCUAUGGGAAACACAUAAUAACUAUCCUCUUGCACCUGAGAAGAUGAUUGUUAAUGGUGUUGAAAAACUAAUUUGUCAUUUUAAACCCCGAAAAAAUUAUGUUGUACAUUAUCGAAAUCUUAGACAGUAUCUUGAGUUGGGUAUGAGGCUUACUGCUGUUCAUAGAGGAAUAUCAUUUUACCAAUCUUCUUGGAUGGAGCCAUAUAUAAGAAAAAAUACAGAACUUCGAAAAAAAACAGCUAACAGUUUUGAGAAAGACUUUUUCAAACUAAUGAACAAUUCAGUUUUUGGUAAAACAAUUGAAAACAUAAGGAAGAGACAAAAUAUAGAACUUAUUGAUGAUCGUAAAAAAGCUGUCAAUCUAUCAAGUAAACCCAACUUUGAUAGAGUAACAAUAUUUGAUAAAAAUCUUAUAGCGGUACAUAUGAAGCGUACAGAAGUGUAUUUUAACAAACCAGUGUAUGUUGGUCAGGCAAUUCUAGAUUUAUCAAAAACACUAAUGUUCAAUUUUCAUUAUAACUAUAUUAAAGAGAAAUAUGGAAACAAUGCAGAAUUAUUGUUUACAGAUACGGAUUCAUUUAUGUACCAAAUUAAAACAAAAGAUUUUUAUGAAGAUAUAAGUCAUGAUAUUUUAACCAAGUUUGAUACUUCAGAUUAUCCUUCAAAUCAUAAAUCUGGUAUACUAACAGGAGCUAAUAAAAAAGUUAUUGGAAUGUUUAAAGAUGAAGUUGCAGGAAAACAGAUAACACAUUUUGUUGGAUUGCGACCCAAACUUUAUAGUUUUAAAAUUGAAGAGGAAAGGGAAGUAAGAAAAUGUAAAGGAAUAAAGAAAAAUGUUGUUAAAAAGAAAAUAGAUUUUGAUGACUAUGUUAAAUGUUUAUUUUCAGGUGAAAAAGAAAUGAGAUCUAUGAAGAUAAUAAGAAGUGAAAAACAUGAUAUAUAUUCAAAGGAAGUAAAUAAAGUAGCGUUAAGUAAUGAAGAUGAUAAAAGAAAGGUCCUUAAAGAUAAUAUUCAUACUUUGGCUCUUAGAUAAAAAAUAUUUAAAAGUAAAUAAAGUAUAAAUAAUAAAUGUCAUAUACAGAAGAAGAAAUAAAAAAAUAUCUGGGUAUUCUACAUAAAUAUAAAGUUGAGAGUAAAAGGGUAAAAAGGGGCUGUUUAAAUUGCUCAAAUAAUGAAUUUUUUACAAUAGAUUCUGGUUACAAAAUUUGUGAUGAAUGUGGAACAGUAAACGGGUCAUGUAUUAGGAUUAUUUGA